UGGGCGCCGAACUGUCCAAGCCAGCCGAGCUGAACCCGUGCGCGGGCGAGAUGGAGACCUACGUCAAGUGCGUAGAAGCCAAGAACGCCGAGAGCGGCGGCCUGCGCGACGGCGAGGAGUGCGAGCAGGAGAGCGAGGCCUACCGCGAGUGCCGACGGAAGGUCAAGGAGCUCAAGGCCGCCGUCAAGAAGCAACAAGCCUAGAGUCCCGACCCCAUUUCAUCAGAGCGAGGGGGGGGGGCGGAAUGUCGCAAAUACAGCUUUUGUGCCUUGUUCAUACAACCCGUCCUCCCUCCCUACUUCCUACUACCUGCUUGCUAACCUUUCGCCUUCGCCUUCUAUGGAUAUAGCUAGCUAGCUUCCUGCGUCCUCUAUCUACUAGUACACUACUU